UUUAGUCAAACUGUCGAUGCAGUUGCUGUCAAGUAUCUUUAAGGUAAGGAGUCAGGGAAGGGGACACCAAAAUGUCGAUCACCGUAGAGGAGAAAAACUUCGGCCUGGCCGUAAACCCUCUAACCGAGUCCCGCGAAAUGGUGCGCUGCUACACGCUGAAGAACACCAAGGGCAUGUCCGUGUCGGUCAUCCAGCUGGGGGCCAGUAUCCAGAGCGUCUGUCUGCCCGACGACUCCAAGAAGACGGAGGACGUGUGCCUGGGCUUCGACGACGUCGCCGGUUAUGUGGCCAAUAAGGGGGCCUACAUCGGCGGAACCCUCGGACGUGUGGCAAACCGGGUGGCCAACGGCGAGUAUUCCGUGGACGAAACUACGAUCAAGCUGUCUAAGAACAUCCAGGACAAUUUCCAGCUGCACGGCGGAUUCGUGGGUUUCGACAGCGUCAUCUGGGAAGUAGUGCAGAAAUCGGCCGAGGGCGUGGUCUUCCGCCACGACUCGGCCCAUGGCCACGAAGGCUAUCCGGGCACGCUGACCUGUCUGGUCACCUACCGGCUGGACAACGAGAACCGGCUGUCGAUCACUUUUGAGGCCACCACCGAUCGCCAGACGGUGGUCAAUCUCUCGAGCCACGCCUACUACAACCUGGCUGGCCACGCCUCCGGGGCCAAAGGUCUGGCGGAGCACACCGUGGAGAUUGCCUCCAGUGAGAUCGUGGACACGGACAAUUGGCAGAUCCCCACAGGCAACUUGAACGUGGUGGCAGACACAGUCUUCGACCUCAGGUCGCCCGUUCUGCUAGGCGAUCGACUGAAGCAGUUCGAGGAUCGAUUGAUCCAGGGCUUCGACAACUGCUUCGUGGUGAACGGAGGUCGGGUACAGAGAGCCAUCGUCAAGGUGGCCAAGAUUGUGCAUCCGCCCAGUGGCCGAGCGAUGGAGGUGUGGACCGACCAGCCCGGCAUGCAGUUCUACACUGCCAACAACAUGACCACCAUCUCGGGCAAGAAGGGUGCUCGGUAUGUGAAGCACGGCUCCUUCUGUGUGGAGACGGAGAAGUUUCCCGAUGCCAUGAAUCACCCGGACUUCCCCUCGAUCAAUCUGGAGCCUGGCGAACAGUAUAGACACCAAGUGGUGUACUGGUUCAAGGCCGAGAAGACCUGCAGGUGCUGCUUUAAAAAAUAACCCUGACCCCCUCUUAAAUAAAUUUUAAAUAAACUGGUUCCUUUUCCCUAA